ACUUUGCCAUUGACAUUGACAACGAUUCCAACUACAAACCACUAAAGUGAAAAAUUUCUCUGUCACAAAAAAUUUCUAACUCCCAUUUUCUCCCUCUCUCUAUCCCCUUUCGUUUUGUCACUCUGCAAAUCCAUUUCUAAGCAUUUGUUUUGAAUUUGAGAGGUGCCAAAUCAUUCUUCAUUCUGCUAUUUGACAAGUUCUUGCCUAUUUUACUUGUUGAAAUAGUGAUAGAGAGAUCUGUGUAACACUACAAAUUCUCCCAUGGACCUUGUGUGUUUGAGUAAUGUUGCUCGAGUAACAUCAUCCUGAUUGCAGAAGUCCUUUGACAGGUGGACAUAUUAAGUGGUUGUUUGGAUUUGAAGUUCAAAAUUUUAAAUCAGGAAUUCCUUGUACCAUAAAGAAACUUCCAGUAUCCCUGUAUUUUGCUUUUCAAAUUGCUGUCCAGAUGUCAGAAAUUGACAUGGCAGUUAUUAAACCCGAGAUGAUGAAGCCUUAUGUUUGGCUUCAAACUUCAGAUGAUUCAAUCCAACAAGUGGAACAAGAAAUUGCAAUGUUUUGCCCCCUGAUAUGUCAAGAAAUAAUACAAAAAGGCAUGGGAUCUUCUAAGAAUUGUGCAAUAUGCCUUCCUCAACAAGUCAGUCCUGCCAUGUUGAGCUUAAUUCUUGAUUAUUGUCGAUUUCAUCAAGUGCCAGGCCGCUCAAACAAGGAACGCAAGUCUUAUGAUGAGAAAUUCGUUAGGAUAGACACAGAGAGGCUUUGUGAGUUGACAUCUGCUGCAGACAGCCUUCAGUUAAAACCAUUGGUUGAUCUUACCAGUCGUGCACUUGCUCGAAUAAUCGAAGGGAAAUCACCAGAGGAGAUACGUGAUAUAUUUCAUUUGCCCGAUGAUCUUACAGAGGAAGAAAAGUUGGAGCCCUUGAGAAAUAUAACUGCCGACCCAAGGAUCAGGCUUUUGAACCGUUUGUAUGCCAAAAAGAGAAAAGAACUAAAAGAGCGUGAAAGAAUAUUGAAGUUGAAGAAGAGCAUGUGGAUGAACGUUCAGUUGAUGACCUUUUGUCUUUUAUUAAUGGAAAUGAAGGAGAAUUUUGUUGCAGAACCAAAGGGAGUUAAAACUUCAAAAAAUAAAAAGAAGAACCGUAGGAAAAAAGAGCAACAGAAGAACUCUUCUUCGAAGGAGACAUCUGAACUGGACAAGAAGGAGGUAAAUGGUCAUGAUAUCAGACACCAAAGUUCUGAAGCUGAGAGAAUUAGCGAGUCCUCAUAUUUACACUACGCAGAAGAUGGCACUUCUACUCCUAAGUCUGAUGAUGGUGAUAUAUAUGAUGGGAUUGAUCCUGCGUUAAAGGAAAAAAUUGACAGGGAAGUGGAAGAUUUUGCCCGCAGAUUAAAUUCUGACUGGCCAGAAAGAAUGCAAGAACUGUUAUCUUCAGGUCAAGACCGGAAGACACUGCUUUUUAAUACAGAUGGUUUUCUAAGGCGACAUGCUUGACUGGACUUAGAAUGGAAAUGAAUCCUUAUCUGAUGCUUCAACAAUUUUGAGAGAUGCUGGCAAGCGCAAGAAAAGUUUUGCAUGUCAGUUGUUUUUCUUUUUUUAUAUAUAUAUUUUUUUAUUCUAUUCUUUGCAGUUCAUUUUUGGUGCUUAAUUUUAUUUUGGUGACUCUUGUACCUUUAGGUCAAAUAAAAAAAACUCUUGUAUUGAAUAGUUUAACUUUAUUUUUGUGUCUUUACAAUUUUGCAUUUUUAUUUGUAUGAAAUACAUUGAUUUUUUUGUUUAGACAUUUGGUGUGGGAUAAGGAUUAAUCUUCA